AGCAAUACAGUAAACCAAGGGCUGAGCCGAAAUCAUAAAAAAACCGCACCGAGUAAGCCUGAGAAUCGGCAGGAAAAGUUAUACUGUCAACAAAAAGCUUGAAUGGCGUUCGUUAACACCUCCUGUAAAUGAAAAAAAACUUAGUACAAUACCAAGUUGGAUCACUCAUUCCAGUGCUGUGCCUUUUUAUUUUUAUUUCGCUUCGUGCAGUCUUUAGUGUCUUUAUGAAUACGCUGUUCCUGACUAGGUUAGGGAAGGCUGUUUUUAGUGUUUCAUCCAUCGCAAUAUUUGUAUUGACGUACAGCUUUUGUCUCACUCGUUUACCUCAUGUCAUACCUGUAAGAAACCCCCAAUGCAAUGACAAUAUCGUCCGAGGGGUGAAUUUGGGAGGGUGGUUAUUAUUGGAGCCCUGGAUAACCCCGCACAUAUUUGAGGAAGCAAAUGCGAAAGCCAACCAAACUGUGGUGGACGAGUGGACCUUGCACAGUUUUCUACCACCUGAUUAUGUCCAUGAAAUACUAGAAAGACAUUGGAGCACUUUUAUCCAGAGAACCGAUCUCGAGCUGCUCUAUUCAGUAGGAAUCUCACAUCUACGAAUUCCUGUGGGCUACUGGAUGUUUGAUGUGGUCCCGGGUGAACCUUUUCCAUUGACAAACGGAGAAGUUGUUCUGAAAUCCAAGUUCUUUUUGAGACGGCUUGUCGAGUGGUGUAAGGAAAUUGGCUUGAAGAUCGUGUUAGAUUUGCAUGGAGCACCUGGCUCUCAGAAUGGAUUUGACAAUUCUGGGAAAAUGGGAGACAUUGGGUGGAUCACCCCAGAAUUGAACUUGACGAACGUCAAUCGAACCUUAAGGGUCCACGAGCUCAUGAUCGACAUGGUCUUUGGUUGGAUCCGAGACGACAUCUUGAGCGAUGGAACGCUCUACGGGAUUGCCAUCUUGAAUGAGCCCUUGGCUGGAUGGGUGGGUUAUGAAUACGUCUGGAAGGUUCUAGUGGAUUACUUUCAUCCCCAAGCCUAUGAGAUUAUUCGACAACGAUUGGGCAACGAUGUAAAAGUGAUUAUUCAACAAGGCUUUCGGAACCCUAGCGAUUUUGUCAACCUCAUGUCGGAAAAGAAAGGUUAUCAAGGUGUUGUGCUGGAUUUGCAUAAUUACCACUUCUGGAAUAAGAAACUCAACAAUGAAGCUCUCCAAGUGCCGAAGGUCUUCGAGACCAAUAUUGAAGAAGCCUGCGAGUUCGCUUCGUACGUUAAGAUUCAAACCUUGCCAACCAUUGUUGGCGAAUGGAGCCUGGCCAGUACGGACUGCCAAAAAUAUCUUUACGGAUACUCGAAACCCUACAACCCGAAAUUGGCUUCGAAUGAGACGUGUAAAAUGUAUGAUGGAAAUCUGAGAAACUACUCCGAUUCCCAUCGUCAGUUCCUACAAGAUUUUCUUAUUGCACAAAUGGAAGUUCAAGAAGCUGCCUCCGGGUAUUUCUUUUGGACUGUUAAAACAGAAGACCAUUACGCCCCCGAAUGGGACUUCCUAGCAUUGAUCAAAAAUGGCAUUGUUCCCCACACGUUGUGCACGAAAAAGUCUAUUUGUAGCUCAAGGACACCUCAAAAGCAAUGAUGUCCCUCGGCAUUGAAGAUCAUUUUCCUUGCCUGCCGUAUUUCGUUAUCCGAGCAAAGGAUGCGAGUCAAGAAUUUGAGGAAAAGGCGGCGAACACUCAUUCAGAAAGAAGUCAUUUCUUCUCGAAGAUAACAACGUAUUAGCAAUGCCUUUUGAUUCAUUUUAUGUGCACUAAAAUGCAAGAAUAAUUCCAUA